GUCUGAUUUGGUCUGAUUCUGACAGCUGACAGUGCAAAGUAGUGAAUUGAUUUUUUCGAAAAUGUCGUUUGCCGACAAGAUUACGAUGCUUAUGUCGCGUCCGGGCGGUGACAAUGUCCAAAAAGACGACGUCCCCUGGUGGAUGCGUUACGCUGGACGAGGACUGGGCACUGUUGGCAGUUUCAUCGCAAUAUUUGCGGGCAUCAUCAAUUGCACGGGCCUGUUCACACUGAACGUCUCCUGUUUGAUCGCCGGCAUCUGGCAGAUGCUCGCCGGCUUCAUAGUGAUCGUGUGCGAGGCGCCUUGCUGCUGCUUCUUCAUAGACUAUGUGCAGGUCCUAUCUGAUAAAAUGGAGACGCGGCCAUAUUGGAAUAAAGCGGCGUUCUACGUUGGCUUGGCGCUGCCUCCAUUCUUUCUGUGCUUUCUGAGUCUCAGCACUUGGUUUGGAAGCGGUAUAAUAUUCGCUACCGGCGUCGUAUACGGUAUGAUGGCACUGGGAAGAAAAGCGUCGGUAGAGGAGAUGAGGACGUCGGCGGCGACGCUGGAGGCUGGGCUGGGGCAGCCGACGACCGCGCCGCGAGCCAACCUGGUCGCCAACGAGCAGCCCGUUUCUUUCACCGGUUUACCCUUGCCUAACUGACCGCACUCACACACACCAGCUACGCUCCGGUAACUCGUUACAUCUCUUCCGUAAAUCUUUAGACUACUUCCAACUCUCCAUACAAACAAUAGAAGUAAGAUCCGACCGAGAUCUCGGUCUGCGCUGUUCUCGACAGAAAUCUACGUCGCGUUCUCAGUUAAGCUCUCAACAAAAAAGCAUUUACUACCCCGACCAUUAUCUAUAUAAAAUAAAAAUUCUUAAUUUUUCCCGCGCGCUGAGAGGUGGCGUUUUUUAAUUUCAUAAGGCGUUUAAGGUGGUAGCGCCGAAUCUAAAACGCAAUUAAUGGACGCCCCUCGACCGCUGUAUGCACCGACCUAUUAUUCUGAUUGGCUACGUAAUCGAGAUAAACAGAACAAAAAGUGUUUGCUUAUCGAUUAGAAUCAAAUCUAUUGAUUUUAAAUGGGUUAAUUAUUUUUUAGCGUAGUCUCAUUUACGGUCUCGGUCAAAAUUAAAGACGCUAAUUUACACCAACAAAGAAAGAAAGACGGAGCGCUGUGUACUUUUCGAGUGACGCAGAAACCAAGCCCAAACCAUGCUCAAAUUGUAAGAACAAGCACUCACGUUCUAGUUUCAUAUCUGUGCAUCCAGUAGUGGACUUUUACGGGCUGUUAAAGAAAAAAAAGAAAGAUGUGUGUGUGUGAGUGCGUGUAAGAAAAUGUACACAGAGCUCCGUCUACCUUUCUUUGUUUCUGAGGUACCUUAUUCAAAAGUUUACUUAACCCUCAAACCUGUGUAUGUAAAUAUGUCUUUUAUUCACCUACAUCUACCCUACAACUCAAACAUUGCGCUUUAACAAAGGUCUCACUAAUAUCUCUUAUUAUGUAUAGAUUAGUAGUCAAUUGUCAUAUCUACAGGCCUCAACAAAGGCUCUACACAGAUUAAAUAUAUGUUAUUAUAUUAUGUUAGAAGUUCAAGCUACGUAUAAAGAUGUAGUAAAUCACGUUAUUAGUGUCAAAGCUAAUUGACAAGCUACAGUUAUAUAUUAAAAUCUGUUUUAUUAUCGGCGAACUUAAUUAUGCACAUACGAUUUAUUUUAAUUUCUACACCCAAGUAAUAAGGCUUUAUUUUACUUAAAGUCAAUUUUAUUUGCAAUAUUUUUACACAAGUAAACGCAAUCAAAUGCGCUAUUAUUUUUGCACCUAAUGAAAUCUGUUUAAUUUUAGUGCAAUAAAAUGUCUAUUCAAAAGGAGCAUUUCUAUUAUUACUUGCAGUUACUUUAACAAAGCAAUUUCAAAUCUAUUAAUAUAUGACAAUAUUCAAAAUUUAGUCAAAUGUAACAAAGUAUGUGUUAUCACCACUUUGAUAAACCAUAUUUUAUAUUUACGUUACAAACCAAUUAUAAUUUUAUAAUACAUAUUUCAAGAAUUAUAUUUUUAAUUUGGAACUAAUUUUCUAACCAAUUAUCAUUGCCAGAUUGAUAACCUAGUGUCCUCCAUAAUAUAGAAUUGCAAUUUGAAUACAGUGUUUUUUCUUGAAUUUGCUCGUAGAUAGUGAUAAUUAUUCGAUAAUAUUUUCUAAUGUAAAUUAAAUAUAAUAAUAUACAAUUAUAUAAAUAUAGAUUUAAUUAUAGGAAAUACAUGUAGUAUAGUUGUUAUUAUAGAUAAUGAAAUAAGUUGGUUACCGCGAAACUGUCAACGAUGGAGGCUUGUCACGCAAUUUUGACCAUAAUAUAAUAAAAAAAUGUUUAUUUGUCGAAAUAGUAAAAUGUUGGCACUUGGCAUAUUGUUACACGUUUAUGUGUAUAAGGAAAAAGGAAACUAGUUCAUAGUUUGAAUAUAUUUUGUCAAAAUGUAUUUUGUCAUCUGAGAUGAGGCAAUGAGACAUAUCUGAUUGUUGCAGUUAUUUGUUUAAUGGUUGUAAUCAUGUUUUAAUUACUAGUGCAUUUUGUGUUUGUUAAUCUUCAGGAGUCUGCACUCAAAUCGAGCAUAAGACAGGUAUAUAGGUAUUGAGAGAUAUUCUAAAUAAGAUGGAAAUAUAUUAACUUAGUAUCGUAUAGACGCCGGAACUAGUCGUGAGCACGACCUUUACUUGCGCAAUUGUCAAUUUAUAGGUCUUUGGGUGAAGUAUGACACAGAAUACCAGCGUAAAAUAAUAGCUUAAUUCUGCUGUGUUUUGUAAAGGGUGACAACGCAUUCGCAUUUUGAUUCUUAAUCGAGGAUAGAUGUAGAUGUGUAUGGCCACAGCAUCCGCUUACCAUCAGGUCGACUGUGUGCUCGUUUGUCAACCAAUCCCAUAAAAGAAGUAGAAGGCUAGGAAAUCAGACGUGGUCGGCUGUACAUUCACUGUGAAGUUAUACACGCGCGAACGUAUCCCUCGCGUAUAUCUCGUACUCACGGCUCCUUCGGUUAUCUAUACUAAAUCCUACUUCUAACUUUAGCAACUCUUUAACGCUUUCGCUGUCCUGUACACUACAUAUAGGUCAUUGAUAUUGUCUUAGUAUUGUGUCUGAAAAUCGGACAGUGAAAGUGUUAAAUUGACAUUUGUGUUUAGUAUAAAAUUUUGUUCCUCAGCUUUUUCAUAUAAAACCUACAGUUAAGUUGCCGUCCCAAAAAUAAGCUAAAAUCUGAAGCAGGUCCUGUUUAAAAAUACCUACCUUCCCGCUAGAUUUACUAUUUAUUUGUAUGUGAUAAUAAUUUUGAAUGAUCCUUUUAAUGAUAAUUUAAUUAAUAUAUUUACGAGAUAUUGAUAUGUUUUAACAUUCGUAUUUAUAAAUAUUAUUUCGCAGAGACACAUUAAAAAUAUAUUUGUUCUCUGACUUUUUAGAUAAUUUUUGUAUAAGUACUGAAAAUAUUGCCAACAGCAUUUGUCGCUCCAUUAUCCAGUGUUGCCGUUUCUAAAUAUUUUGUUGUUUGCAAUUUAUAAAUUAUUUGUAAAUAUUAAAUGGCUUGAAGAUUAGGCCAAAUUAUAAAACUUUAUAAAAUUUAAAUUUUAUCUAACCCCAUCUCC